CGCCAAAUCCGAUCGAUUCUAUCGGAGAAGUAAAAAUGGCGGACAACGGCGGUGAAGAUCCUGUUAAUAACAACAAUAAUACAACGGUCUCUUCGGAGGGAACUAUUAUUAAGGUUACAGUCAAAACCCCGAAAGAUAAGGAAGAAAUCGCCAUCUCGGAAGAUGCCUCUGUCACUCAGUUUAAGGAGGAGAUCUCGCGGAGGUUCAAAGCCAAGCAGGAUCAGUUGGUUCUGAUCUUUGCAGGGAAGAUCUUGAAGGACGGGGACUCGCUCAACCAGCACGGCAUCAAGGACGGCCUGACAGUCCACCUGGUCAUAAAGACGGCACACAAGGCAGGAGAUGGCGCUAGUUUCUCCACCUCCGGCACCACCCAGGUGGGCAGCAGUAGUGGCAGCUCCUCCGGCCCCAGUUCUGCAGCCCAGUCCUCCACAGUAGGGUCCACUGGAGGCCCUGCCUCGGCACCCCCACAGACCCCCAACAUACUGACCGGGUUCGGUGACCUGUCCAGCCUGAGCAGCAUGGGCAUGGGCUCAGCUAACUUCAUGGAGCUGCAGCAGCAGAUGCAGAGCCAGCUGAUGUCCAACCCGGAAAUGCUGUCCCAGAUCAUGGAGAACCCCCUGGUGCAGAACAUGAUGUCCAACCCAGACCUGAUGAGGCAGAUGAUCGUGGCCAACCCACAGAUGCAGCAGCUGAUGGAGCGCAACCCAGAGAUCUCCCACAUGCUCAACAACCCCGAGCUUAUGAGACAGACCAUGGAGCUGGCCAGGAACCCUGCCAUGAUGCAGGAGAUGAUGCGUAACCAGGACCGGGCGCUUAGCAACCUGGAGAGCAUCCCGGGGGGCUACAACGCCCUGCGCAGGAUGUACACAGACAUCCAGGAACCCAUGUUCAGCGCAGCACGAGACCAGUUUGGAAACAACCCUUUCUCAGCCUUGGGGGGCAACUCUGACGGGGGGGUGCAGCCGUCGAGGACAGAGAACCGGGAGCCACUGCCCAACCCCUGGGGCCCUCCCAGCUCCACCAACCCCUCUGAGGGUGGAGGGGGAACGGGCACCACAGGCUCUACCACUGGCAGCACCACCCCCAGUGUGUCCAACCCUCUGGGCGUCAACUCUGCCAGUCUGGGAAACGGCAUGUUCAGCAGUCCGGGCAUGCAGAGUCUGAUGCAGCAGAUCUCAGAGAACCCCCAGCUGAUGCAGAACAUGCUGUCUGCUCCCUACAUGCGCAGUAUGAUGCAGUCUCUUGCCCAGAACCCAGACAUGGCCUCCCAGGUGUUGAUGAAUAACCCCCUGUUUGCUGGAAACCCCCAGCUGCAGGAACAGUUCAGGAGCCAGCUGCCUGUCUUCCUGCAGCAGAUGCAGAACCCAGAGGCUCUCUCUGUGAUGACCAACCCCCGGGCCAUGCAGGCUCUCCUUCAGAUACAACAGGGCCUACAGACGCUGCAGACAGAGGCACCGGGACUCAUGCCCAGGAGGUGUGGCUCCAGAGAACCCUGCCUCUUCGCCGAGCGCCGGGACAAACCCCGCCCAGCAGCUGAUGAUGCAGCAGAUGCUCCAAAUGUUCGCAGGAGGGAAUGCCUCGAGCCAGAGCCCGGAGGUGCAGUUCCAGCAGCAGCUGGAGCAGCUGAGCGCUAUGGGCUUCAUCAACCGAGAGGCCAACCUGCAGGCCCUCAUCGCUACAGGAGGAGAUGUCAACGCUGCCAUCGAGAGACUGCUGGGCUCUCAGCCCUCAUAAAGACACACUCACUCACACACACAGUUACGUAUAUACGCAUACAUCGAUACAUACAUCGAUACAGACACACGCAUACACACUAUCCAGCUCCGGGUAGCAAGGGAUAAACACACACACACACACACACACUGUCUACAGAGAACCAAGAAGUGAAGUGAACUAUCCCAAACCGACACAGACGAGACCCGGUCAGGAUAUGUGCCAUUCUAAACAUCCACUGCAGCCUCCUGUCAUAUCUCCUAAACAGAGAUGCUUUACCCUGCAAUAUUCUCUCAUCCAUCUUACAUUUACAUUUAAGUCAUUUAGCAGACGCUCUUAUCCAGAGCGACUUACAAAUUCUAAUAAAGCUGAGGGGUUUAUUCAAUGAGGUGGAGAGUUCAGCGUGCGGCAGAUAUAAAUGUAUUCAUUGCAUUGCAUAGAGCUGUUAUGACGCAUUUGUUUCCUGUCUAUAUGUUGCAUUUCUAUCUGCAGUGAUGUUUGUGAACAAUCCACUAUUUUGACCCAACCCCUGAUGUGCAGGGUAUAUGGAGAGCGGAGGAAGAGAGAAUUACAAAAAAGUUUUGUAAAUCUCACACGGAUAUCAGGCCCCAAUCCCUUCCCCCUCUUUCCACUACUUUAACCGUCCAAAACCCUUUCUAUUUAUUGCUAGCGCUGAAAAGAAAAGAUCCCCCACACUUCCCUAAAAUUGCAAAAUUGUCAUUCCAGAUAGGAUAUAUUAAUCUCCUCUCAGCCGUGAGUUGUUCCCUCAAGGCACGACUUCUGUGCCUUCUUGUCUUCAACAAACCCCUUUAACAACAACCACUCCCAUCAAAUGGAUGGAUUUCAUCAAACCCUGGCUAGUCAAAUCAAACGAGUCUGCCGUUGGUGGUGUAGAUUGACUUCACACACAGGCGGUGCCACAAGAUUGAGACCUUUGAUAAGAUUGAGAAAUGUCAUGAUAAUCGUUAAUAAAGAAAGAAAGGUGUGGUUCUGAGGAAGACACAGAAAGACAAAACAGACAGAUAUCCUUUUCAUUUUAAUCUGAUUCAUUAUGUAUUUUAAUUUGAGGUGUAAGUUGUAUCUACCUAUAGAUAAUCUGUUUUGUCUCAUCAUUAAACAAAACUCUUCCUGGAAAAUGUAUGAAUAAAAUAUAAUGAAAAAAGGCUUUACGUUUUUGGUAUGGUGUGGCACCAUACGUUGUUGUAAAUUAAGUUCUAGCUUUUUGCUUUUAUUUUAUUUUAGCAUUGUAGUUGUGGUAACUUUGGCAAUGGCUUCCAUAGCUGUGCUUUGUCUGUUGGCCUCAGUUGAAAAUCCAUCACCCAAUUCAACAUGUUGGAACUAACUUUUAACAGUACUGUAUAAAAAAUAAAACUAAGUUGGUCAAUAAGAACCCUCUUUCAAAUUGUGACAAUC